AUGAGUGCAAAGAAACGAAAUUAUCUUAACGAAUAUAUUCAAUUUGAAUUCGUGUUCCUCCAGAAGUGUGAUACAGAAGUCCUCCACUGUGUGAUAUGUUACAAAACUUCGAGCAAUGAUGGAAUGCGACUCUCACACUUGGAACGCCACUUGAGGACAACACAUCCUGCUCCUGCAGACAAGCCCAAGGCAAUCUUUGAAGCAAAAAUACAUUCCUUGAAGCAAGCUAUGUUGGACGGUAGUGGGUCAUUUCAGCAACAAACUUCAAUGGCUGUUGAGGCUUCCUAUGAGAUCGCCAUGUUGAUUGCAAAGAGCAAGAAGAGUCAUAACAUUGGAGAGUCUCUCAUAAAACCAAAUCUGGGGCAAGAUAGUGCAAACAAGCUUUCCCAGAUUUCACUAUCAAACGAUACAGUCAAAGGAAGGAUCGACGACUUGUCUCAAGACAUCAAAGAUCAAAUUUUCGACCAAGUACGAGAUUCGCCUGUUUUUGCCAUCCAGUGUGACGAAACGACUGACAUCGCUUUGUGUUCUCAGCUACUGGUAUACGUUCGUUUUGUGUCAGGCAACUGGGUAAAAGAGGAAAUGUUCUGUCACCCUAUGGAUUGUAGGAUAACAGUAGCAGCUAUUUUUUGUGAUGUAUCAAACUUCUAUCAGGAAAACCAACUUCCGUGCGGUUCGCUGGUAGGGGUAUGCACUGAUGGAGCUCCAGCCAUGCUUGGUUCGCAGUCUGGAUUCAUUACAAGGGUGAAAGAAAAAAACCUAUUUGUUGUAGGUACACAUUGCAUACUUCAUCUUCAAACCUUACCUACUGAAAUGAGAAAUCUUCUGAACGUAGCUAUUAAGGUUGUCAACUUUGUUAAAGGUGGAGCCUUAAACAGUCGUCUUUUCAAACUGUUAUGUAAAGAUAUAGAAUCUGAACUCGAAGCAUUGUUUUUUCACACGAACGUACGAUGA